AUGUCCAUGUUGGGCGUAUAUCUCCUAAAUUAUUCCGCUUGGUACGAUGGCUCUUCUGUGAUUGAACAAGAUUCGGAUUCCGACAAACUUCUCGAUAAAAUCAGUAUUCAAGAUUUAAACUCGGAGAAGACUCGGUCGGACGAUCCCAUCCUGAUCGAUAUCAUCCGUAAACGUUUCCUAACGCCAGCCUCCACAGAGCCGUACGCGCUCUCAGAGCACACAGUACAAUCUGAAGGCCAAACGAAAAUUGUCGACGAGUUUUUCAAACAAAAGACACACGGGGUGUUCGUCGAGUGCGGCGCCUACGACGGCGAGUUUCUCUCGAAUACGUUAUUCCUGGAACGCUUCCGGGCCUGGACGGGCUUGCUGAUAGAGCCCGAGCCUGACAACUUCGAGGCUUUAAAGAAACGGCAUCGCAAGGCCAUCAUCUCAAAUGCUUGUCUAUCCAGUAAACCCCAUCCAAGUGAGGCCAUCAUGCGACAGGAAAACUUCAUGAGUGAGACUCAGGACGCAGAAAACUUGAUUCAUGACCACGUAUCGGGUCACGAUAACUACAAGAUCGUGCAAUGCUUCCCUUUCUACUCCAUUUUACUGGCCGCCAACAUCACCACCAUCGACUACUUCAGCCUCGACGUUGAGGGACAGGAAUUUAAUGUACUCAAGACGAUCCCGUGGCAUCGAGUCGAUAUCAAGGUAAUUUCCGUGGAGUACAAGCACGUCAAGGAAGGCAAGAUGGGCGUAAACUCCUUCAUGGAGGACGUUGGUUACCAUGCGUAUGGGGAAGUUUCCGACGUCUCCGGUGCUUUCAUCGACACGGUCUACGUCAGGCAAGACCUUCUCAGUAGAUGAGGUCCCGCGCACUUGGCAGAUUGGUCACUCGGUCAUCGCAAAAAUUGGUCAGAUUGUACAAUUAUCGAUGCACUUUUUUGCUUUUAUCUUGGUCCAACUGACCCAGUUUCUACUUGCGAAAAGGAGUUUCAGUAUGAAGUGCAUAAAUUGUGUUACAAUUUGGACAAUAUUACCCAUUCAUUUGUAUGUAGGAAGAUCACGUGGUGGGUGGGCGGCAGUUUAUGUCAUUUUACACUUUAAUGAUGUGACAUAAUGUAGAUUUCAUGGACCUGCAUAAUUUUUGUGAUAGAACGCUAAUGUUAUUGGUUCACGUAAUACAACAUCAUAACUUAAGGAAAGAUUACUUGUGUCUGGGAAGCUUUCCAUCGAGUCGAUUACAACAUAGAACUGAGGAAUCCGACUAUUUUUCGCUAAAAGUUUGUAUGAAGUAUGAUCGACCAUGGAUUAAAACGCAAUUUGGCUUUAUGCUCAUGAAUUUGAAGCUAUCUGUGCGUAUAUGAGAGAAAAUUUGAUUAUUUUACAUUUAUAUUGAGGUCUCUUGCCUCGAAACUUUGUACCUGUUUACAGUGAAGCAACCUCCAGACCUAACCAGAGCUGGGCAGCGCUACUUUGAAAUGUAGCGGCCGC